CUACACUGAUUUACUUCUUCUUUCAUUCUUGUCAUCACCAGCCAUUGUGGGUGGUUUUAGUUUCCCUAACCUUUAGAACGCACUUGAAGGGGUAAAAAUUUGAUCGAAAAAAAAUACAAAACAAGGAUUAAGAGCGUAAAGUGUAGAGCGUAAAUUUAAAAAUCAAAUUAAUCGACCAAUCAAACAACCGAACAUUAGCGGUUCGCGUGAAGUGUGCAUAUCGCCCCCCAAGCUGCAUAGUGGACCAGCAAAACCGAAUGAAAGGGUCACGUUAACCCACGAUUACACGUACCGUAUCUAAUAUGGGUCCAAAACGGGUCAGUUGAUGGGUAGUUUGUUUCAUCAUCAAAGACAAGAGCAGCAGCAAAGAAAACUCUCAAAUCUGUAAGGUUUCCUACGCAAACCCAUCCCCGUCCUGAGGUGGCGUUAAAGUUUCACGGUUUCCCAACCCCACUAGUUAGGAUUAUGUCACGCACGCCGUUUUCUUUCGAUUAGAGUUUAAAGAAACAAAAAAAUUACGUUAUUGUUUAGAAAUCUUUUUUACACCGAAACAAACGAAAACCUUCAUAAAGACGCUGACACGGUUUGUUUUAACAAGUACUUCUAAUACUCAUACGAACGAUGAUACUAACACAACCCUUUCCUUAGCAAAAUAAAACGCAGAUCGCUAGUGGAAAGUGAACCAAUUCCCUCCCUGUUUUUAUGCGUAUUGCUACGGACGAAUAGCAUUCAAACUUCCUACCGCAUGGAAGUGAAAGACCGGGCGCCUCCAUUGCAUCCUUCCAUCCGUUAGAAGGUGCGUUGAAAAGCAAUAAUUCUAAUACUACCACCACCACCACCACCACCAUCACAACCACCACAAUAAUUAUCCGCAACACGGUAUCUGUGCCGGUUAUAUCUACCAGAAAUAAUGCAACCAUUCUUCCAUACUUCGAAACUGCAUACAACUUAAGAAUUUACUUAGAACUCUACAUAAAUAUCGCGUAAGUCUCGUUUUAGGAUAUUUAAAUUGUAGUCUAGUAAGCGUUAAGCCAACCCUCUCCCAACCUAGCCUAGCGACACAUUACAAUCGGGUUGGCAAAAUUUGUUACUUUAUUUUCCGUUGUUUAUUUUUUGUGUAAUUUUAACGUGUCUCAAAGUGUUACAAACACCCAAAUAAAGACCGAAACAACGUGGGUGGGUCCACUCGUUUAAACAACAAAAAAAAACCACACACACGAACAGUAAGCGACACACUUACUUUUAAAUGAAAUUUAACUGUGCACAACGACAACCGCUAGUGGAACGUGAACGAGUAGAAAGGGUUUUUAAUGGGCAAUGCAAAACAAAACAAUGAAUGGGUGAAAAAAGAAUGAAAAACAAAUUUAAGCAAACAAAUAAAGAUAACGAUCAGUCGAUUUCCGUUCCA